CUCACGGCCAGUCCUCUCCUUUCUUCUUCCUUCUUCUCCCCUCUUUCUUGGGUCGGUGGUCGCUCGGUAGCUCCAUUUCCCCGCCUCACGGGAAAUCCACACGCGAUUUAUUGCUCAGGGUUCUCGCCGCGCAACCACCCCGCCGCGCGCGACGACGAGCUCUUAUUGUUCUCCGUGCUUCUAUGCCUGCUUGUUUGGUUAGGACAACAGGAGGAGGAGGACGAGACGGAGCUGAGGGGUGCGGCCGACGGCAUUGCUGAGGUUUUGCGCUGAGAUCCAGCCAUGUCCGAGGCCGACCGGCUGCGCCUCCGCGCGGCGGCGCUGGCGCUCGACAGCGGCGCCGCCGUGCGGGACAAGCCGGACUCCAAGGCCAACGUCUUCGCGGAUCUUGGCUCCCCGGUCUCGCCGCUGCGGGCGCGGGCCAGCGUCACCACCUCCUCCUCCUCCUCGUCCGGCUCCGCCAAGUCGCCGGCGCAGUCGAAUGUCGGCGCGGCGGGGCUGGCGGGCGGGAGGAGCCACUCCGGCGAGCUGGCGGUGGAGAGCAACCCGCCGCGCCUGCCGGGCCACCGCCGGUGCGGAUCUGGCCCCUUGAUAUUCUCCGGCGGCGGCAGCAGCAGCGGAGGGAGCGGCGGAGUUGCGGGGGACCGCGGGAGCACGGCCAGCUCGCCGAUGGCCAAUGCGCUCCCCGCCGGGAACAUCCGCCCGUCCGGGCGCGUUCCGGGGGCGGCCGCCGCGCCGCCGCCGCCGCCCCGCUCCCGCCCGGACGUGCUCGGAUCCGGGACCGGCCACUACGGCCACGGGAGCAUCAUGCGGGGCGCCGGCUUGGCCCCCGCGAGGAGCGGCAUUGACGCGCCGUCCUUCCUCUCGAGAUCUCCGGCGAGCUCCCCGGCCGCGCGAGGGACCGGCGGGGGUCUCCAGGAGAUGACUCGUCUAGGCAACGAGUGGUACAAGAAGGGGGUGCACGGGGAGGCGCUGCGCUACUACGACCGCGCGGUGUCCCUGUGCCCCGAAAGCGCCGCGUGCCGCGGAAACCGCGCCGCCGCGCUCGUCGGCCUCGGCAGGCUGGCCGACGCGCUCCGCGAAUCCGAGGAAGCCGUCCGGCUUGACCCAGCCAGCGGCCGCGCCCACAGCCGCCUCGCUGGUCUCUGCCUCCGGCUUGGAAUGAUUGAGAAAGCGAGGAGGCACUUAACACAGGCUAGGCAUCUUCAGGAGUCUGACCCUGCGGAUUGGGAGAACUUGCAAGAUGUGGAGAUGCAUCUAGGAAGAAGCACGGAUGCCAGGAAAAUUGGAGAUUGGAAGAGCGCGCUGAGGGAAGCCGAUGCUGCUAUUGCAGCAGGAGCUGACUCCUCCCAGUUGCUUCGUGCCUUGAGAUCAGAAGCACUUCUUCGGCUCCACAAGCUAGAGGAAGCUGAUUCGACUCUUACAAGCUUGCUGAAACUAGACACUGCAUUACUAUCUUGGACGGCAGUCAAACUCUCGGGCAUGCUAGUUGAGUCUUAUGUAAAUAUUGUGCGAGCCCAGGUUGACAUGGCAUUGGGAAGGUUUGAUGCCGCUGUUGCAGCAGCUGAAAAUGCUAGACGUAUUGACCCUGGGAAUGCGGAAGUUGGGAUGAUUCUUAAUAAUGUGAGACUAGUUGCAAGAGCUCGAGCCCAGGGAAAUGAGCUCUUUAAGGCUGCCAAAUUUUCUGAUGCAUCUAUAGCCUAUGGCGAAGGGCUGAAGUAUGAUCCUUCAAAUCCAGUGCUCCACUGCAAUCGAGCAGCUUGUUGGUGGAAGCUGGACCGGUGGGAGAAAGCUGUUGAUGACUGUAAUGAGGCAUUGAGAAUACAACCAAAUUACACCAAGGCUCUCUUAAGGCGAGCAGUGUCCUAUUCCAAGCUCGAGCGUUGGGCUGAUUGUGUGAGGGACUAUGAGGUGCUCCGGAAAGAGCUUCCCACUGAUACCGACGUUGCGGAAAAAUUGUUUCAUGCUCAAGUUGCUUUGAAGACUACUCGUGGUGAGGAUGUAUCAAACAUGAAGUUUGGAGGGGAGGUUGAGAGUGUUACCAACUUGGAACAAUAUUCUGCUGCCAUACGUUCACCUGGGGUAUCUGUUGUCUACUUCAUGGGGACAAUGAAUCAACAAUGUAUUCAAGUUACACCUGUGGUGGACUCUCUUUGCAGCGAAUGCCCCUCAGUUAAUUUUCUAAAGGUAAAUGUUGAAGAUAGCCCUAUGGUAGCAAAGACAGAGAACGUGCGGAUAGUCCCUACAUUCAAGAUAUACAAAGACGGUGUGAGAGUGAAGGAGAUGAUCUGCCCUACCUUGCAAGUCCUGCGCUACUCAGUGAGACACUAUGCUGUAUCCAGUUCUUGAGAAGCUUUCGGUACCGGAACCUGAUCGAUCCUGAUUUCGUUGAUGCAUAUCCAGUUCUUAUGGCUU